AACGAUUCGUUUUCUCCCAUUCUACCGGUCGUCGAUUUCGUCGGAGCUCUCAGAUUUCUUCACUCGGAAGGCAAUGGCGGCGGCACAACGGCGGGGGCUGGUAGAAUCAAUUCGGGUCCCCGUCCCCGGAAUGGCUCCCCCCAACCCUAGCAUUUGCCCGGUGGGAUCCUGCUGCCCGGUGCGGGCGAUGAUCGAGAACCGCCACAACUUCCAGCGGACAGGCCCGUUGGCUCGGCUGAUGUACUACAGAGGAGGCUCGUGGAUUGACUUCCCGAGCCGGGUGGUGGAGUCGCUCAGGCCGUGCUUCGUCCAGCGCCGGCUGGUGGUGGAUCUGGUCAUCGACGGCUCGCUCUACCUCUUCGACUUCCCCAGGAUGCUGCAGACCGACUUCGAGAGCGGGAGUCAGAGGUCGAUCGCGUGGAUGGACGAUGCCGGGAGCUGCUUCUUCCCGAAAAGCUUCGUCGAGGAUCUCGAAGAUAACUCGAUGAAGCGGAAGCGGGAGGACCGCAAAGUAGAGGAGGAAGAGGAGGCAGAGGUUAGUUCGUCGAACGAUAAGUUGGAAGACGAAUCGAAGAGGCGGUGUUUGGCUCCGGGCGGCGAUCAUCCUGAGAAAUCCCCGUGGGCUAAUGCUAGGCUGUUGGAAGAAGGAGAAGGGGCUUACUUGAGGAUUAAGAAUUACUUCUUGUCGGGCUUGAAGGACAUUGAUGCUGGCGCUAUGGUCACUGCCAUUUAUCAGUGUGAGUGGACCGGCGAUUUGGGGCGGGCGAGGUCCGAGGUUUUCCAGAAGCAGGCGGAGAUUAUGAAGGCCGCGAGAGGUGCCUCUAACACCGUGUAUGCUUGGCAUGGCACGUCGAAGAAGCAUGUGGAUAGCAUUUUGGCGCAUGGGUUCACUGGCCCCGGCAGUAUCACGUGGUCGGGGAGUUAUGGUGUUGGGGUAUAUUUCUCUUCAAUGGGGUUGCCACAUUUAAGUGCUGUGAAGUCUGAGCUGGAUGAAAACGGUGAAAAGCAUGUCAUUCUAUGCCGAGUUACUCUAGGCAAUCUCGAGAAAGUGGAACUUGGCUCUAAACAGUCCCAUCCUUCUAGCGUGAGCUUUGAUACUGGUGUGGACGAUCCUAGUAACCCGAAGUGGUAUGUUGUGUGGUGCUCCAACAUGAACACCCAUGUGCUACCUGAAUUUGUCGUGAGCUUUAGGCCCUCUGAUCGCAUGAAAGGACCUCCAAAGGAAGCAGGAUGUGUGAAGCGAUCCAUUGCGGAAUUGUUCUCUAAGAUCAGGAAUGCCCUUCCUCCCACCAAAGUGCAGGAAGUGGAGAAUUUGUACAGUGUAUUCAGGUGUUGCCGGACUGACGAAUGCAGUAACAGCAAGUCGUCUGCAUACAUACAACACGACAUUGUUGUACGACCUAUGGCAAUUAUCUACAUCUUUUGUUUACUCCCACUGCACUGUUCGGCUAACUUCUUGCACAAUUCAUUUCGUCGAAUUGCUCAGUUCAACAAUUCCCUACUGCAGGAGUUUCAAGUUGUUCAACUACAAUGUAACCGCCAAUCCAUCUUGGAUCGGUCUCCCAUCUGUUUUUGAGGUAGUUGGAUCUAUGGACUACUUAACUCUAUAAGUCCUGAUAUCGAAACUGAGCCCCGGUGAAAAUCUGAUCUUGAAAGCCUAUGCGUAUGCUCUUCUCAAGGCCCAAUGAUCUGUUGAAGGCAUAAAUGGAUGAUAUGGUCCUGCAACUGCAAGUUUAUGUUUGCUCUGCCAGUUGUUAUCUCACAAACAGGGGCCCAAACUAAAUAUGAUCUGCAAUCCCUUUUCUUGAGCUCAUCUCUCUAUGGCAAAGACCGGAAUCUGGUCGAGUUCGGCAAGCAUAAACAUCACGGUGGAAUAUCUGAUGGUCCAAAGACAACAGACCGAGGACUGAAAGUUCAUUGCUUCAAUAUCGAGAAGAAUUCCUAAGGUAAUGUAACCUACGCUAGCAACUGCUUCAAUGAUAUUAUUGGAAUUUAGGAACAAUGAGAUCGGGACACAUGUAUAUGUAUAUAUAUACUCGUCUUUUACAUGCAGUAUUACUCUAAUUAUCCUCAUCCAAAUUGGCCAAAAGCACUUGGGAGAGCUUAUAGGAUAGUUCAUUACCAUGAUGCUAACACCACAACCAAGGACAGACCAGGAUUAUGGUUGAGGAAGGAGAGUCCUUUGGUGCGUAAAUAAGAAGGUAAAUUUCCCGAUUAAAAGAGCGAUAGAAGUAAUUUUAUCAGAAAAUCGAAGAAAAAUGUCCGACUUUUUUUUAUGACGGCAAAAUUGGCUCUACCUCUCCCCAUCGUGGUCCAUCCCUUACCACAACACAAGAGACCUGAUAUUCUUCUAUAAUUUCGGAGAACCAAAAAAAAAAAAAA